AUGGCGACCUCAAAAACGGGUUAUACGCUGAAUGAGCCAACAGCAACAGCUAUUGAGCUAGUCCCAACUCCAGCUGACCAUCUACCACCUGUCGGAUCAGAGCCAGUCAAAGGAUGCCGCACCGGAGGAGACGGGAAGGUUAGGGAGACCCUAAGCCUGCCAAAUGGGCCACUGCCGGAGGCUCAUCAAUCAUCCUCAGACGAUGGAGAUACGCCAACUUUUGAACUUCUUAAAAUAUCCAAGGCUAAAGGGAUUACGGUUAUCAUUACUCUGGCUGGAAUAAGUUUCCUGAACACUAUGGGGUCAGGUAUCCUCAUCGCCGCCCUACCACGGAUAGCCAGUGACAUAAAUUUGUCUGAAAGCCUGAUCCUCUGGCCAGCGGCAGUUUAUGCCCUCGCUGCCGGCUGCCUACUUCUUAUAUUUGGUGCCGUUGCAGACGUGACUGGUGCUAAAUCAAUGUGGGUGGUCGGAAGCUACCUGUUCGUAAUAUUUACCCUUGCUAUCGGCUUCUGCCAGACGGACAUCCAGAUCAUCCUAUUUCGAACUUUUCAAGGCGCUGCGAUAUCAAUGUGUCUGCCUACAGCGGUCAGUCUCAUUACAAAUACCUUCCCGAAAGGCCCAUGGCGCAAUGUUGCGUUUGCCAUGAAUGGAAUGGGCCAACCACUUGGUUAUGCCGCUGGGUUAGUUUUGGGAGGCGUCUUUACGGACACCGUCGGCUGGAGAUGGUCAUAUUAUAUGAUGGCGAUUAUCAACUUCUGCCUUUCUACAGCUUCUAUAUGGUCCUUGCCAUCGGUUCAUCGACACUCAGAUAAGCCAUGGCACCGCCGUCUUAUGGAAGACAUUGACUGGCUCGGAGCUAUCAUUAUGAGUAUUGCAUUGGGUUUAUUGAUGUAUGUUUUAGCUAUGACAACAUCUUCAUAUACGAGGGUGAGUGAUGCCCAAAACAUUGCCCUGCUCGUUGUUUCAGGCGUAUUGCUUGCGGCAUUCCCACUUUGGAUGAAUAUCCAGGUGAAGAGGGGAAAACCAGCUCUCAUCCCAAAUAAGCUGUGGAAAAAUAGUGCAUUUACCUCCAUAUGUGCUUCUGUUUUCCUCUGCUGGGCAUCUCUUAACGGAAUUGAGUAUUUCACCACUCUCUAUUUCCAAAAGGUUGAAGGCUUGACUGCGCUUCAAAGCUCGAUCCGUUUCCUUGCCCAUAUUAUUAUGGGUGCAUGUGUCAACAUUGCGACAGCAUAUCUUAUAUCGAGAGUAAAAGUCCAAACCCUCGGUGUUGUUUCUGCUUUAGUAACUAUGAUUGCACCUAUUCUUAUGGCAACCAUCAAAGUUGGGGAAAAUUACUGGUUCUCGCCAUUUUGGGCCCUGUUCCUCUCGCCUGUGAAUCCGGAUGUCCUAUUCACGGUAUCCAACCUAGUCAUCUCAGAUGCGUUUCCACCGGAUAUUCAAUCCUUAGCUGGAGGGGUAUUUAACGAGGUCGCCCAGUUUGGCAACUCAGUCGGUCUCGCAGUGACUGCGUCUAUUGCUGCGUCUAUUACAGAUCAUAACAAACUUCGCGAUCAUAAAGAAAACCUCAUGUCGGGUUAUAGAGGCGCUUUUUGGACGAUAUUUUCGAGCUGUGCUCUUGUGGUUAUUAUUUCAUUCUUUGGUCUGCGAAAGGGGGGAACCAUCGGAAAAAAGGAAGAAUAA